AUGGAGAAGUUAGUGCAGACAGAGCAAGGAACUACUCGUGUCCCACGCUCCCCCCGGCACUCCGGUCUCCCCACGGCCCCGAAGCAGAGCCCGUGCUGCCGCCAGCUGCACAAGCAGGGGAGAAACAGGAGCCAAGAGCAGCCGCAGAAGGGGAAGCACAGUGCCGGCUGUGCUGGAGGAAAGCCGGGCACAAGCAGGCACACCCCGGACACGCUGUUCCCUCAAGUAGGACACUAUUUUGGGGGCCGGGGGGCCACGGAAACACAGCACUGCCGGCACAGUGCACGCAAAGCGCUGGCAGGGCCCUCCCGCACAGAGAGUUCAGAGGCCCGGCUGCCCGAGCACGGCGCUGGAGAAGGACUCUGCUGUGCUUCUCCAGGGACACUGGAGGGAAACGCCGGCUACCAGCAGGGCCGAGACGCGGGGCUGGGGCCGCAUGUGGAGCUGAAAGCCGGUGCGCAGUCCCAAGGAGCGCUCGGCGGGGCCGCCGGACCCCCGCUCAGCCUCUCCUGCUGGCCCGCCCCUCGGCGGAGGCGAUGCCUCUGCCCGAGCGCCCGUCCCUCGCUUCCCCUGCACCUCCCCAUGGCUCGGCCCGCCGGCCGGAGGGACCCCGGGGCGGGCAGCCCGCGCGGGCCGGCCCCUCCCCGCGGGGCUGCGAGAGGUGAUUGGUGCAGACAGCGGGUGCGGCCCCCGCGCUCGGCCCGCGCCGGCUCCCGGGACCGGGGGGGCGGGGGCCGGGGGCGGGGCCCUCAGCGCCGCGGCUCCGCCUCCAGCGCCCGGGGGGCCGCGCCGGCGGGCGGCUCGGCAGCGCCCUCACCCGGGAGCCGGCGCGGGGCCCGGGCCCGCCGGCCCCAACCUACCGGCCGCCGCCAGACCCGCGCCCGCCGCUGCGCCGCGCCCGCCGCUCCAACAUGGCCGCCCGCGGGGCGCCGGAAGCGCCUCUGGCUUCCGCUUCCGGCCGCUUUCCGUGUGGCCGGGACCACGCCCGCACAGCAGCGGCGCGCGCUCGGCCCCGCCCCCGCGGUGUCCAUGGCAACGGCGGGGCCGGGCCGGCAGGGGGCGCUCCGACGGAAGCACCGCCGUCAUCAGGUAACGGGGCCGGACCGGGCCUGGGCCGUGAGCGGCGGGGCCGGGGCUGGGACCGGGGCCGGGAUCGGGACCGGGACCGGACUGUGA